CUUGGUACUGCCUGGGGGAAUGACUGAGAGGAGGAGAUAGCAAGAGCCCCAACCCUCGCCCUGGAGCAAGACCAUCUGGCAGUUGGCUUUCAUUGAGAAACUCUUAUCACCCCCUAGCACUUGAGCGAAAUCAAUGGUUAAACAGCGGGUUGUUUUUCUAAGAGUGCGAUUACUAUUUGCGGUCAAGGUCCACCUCUUAUACACUAUAAAUUGGCCUGUUGAAUUGGAAAACGACAGUUUACAGCAGGUGCGCAACUGCCAGUCCAACAAAGAGAAUUCCCCUUGGACCAAAACGGUCGGUGGUGCAUGUUGUUUGCUAGAUAUUUGAUGCAGAGUUUCUGUUAUUUUUCGUAUCAAAGGAAUGGAUUACGAGUGCCAUUGCACAGACGACAACAGACAACCAAAUGCUAUUCUUUAUAACAUCCUCCGCCGAACAGAUAAUGGGCCUCUGUACAACAACAUGAACUACACUUUCGCACCGCACAGGUGUCACUGCGAGAUGCGACGGACAGUGUGUUUGAAAACACCUGGCGAGACCUGUAAAACGGCUUCAGACGUGCUGGUUAAAACCAUCAACUUUAUGAAGAGUUUGCCAGCUUUCCACCAGCUUCCACCAAAGGAUCAACUUGCACUCCUCCAGAGUUGUUGGGCGCCUCUGUUCAUUCUUGGUUUGGCUCAGGAAAGGGUGCGCUUCGAGGUUACAGACACCACCGCCGGCAGCAUGCUGAAACAAAUCCUGCUCAACUGUCAUGAAGACACGGACAUGCAGAGGGAGCAGCCCACGCUGGCUGGGGUUAACAUGCUCAAGUCCUGCCUGAAGAAAUUCUGGAGUCUAGAUCUGAGUCCAAAGGAGUAUGCUUAUCUGAAAGGCACCAUGAUAUUUAAUCCUGAUGUUCCUGACCUGAAAGCUGCUCUGUUCAUUGAGGGCUUACAACAGCAGGCCCAGCAUGCGUUGAGAGAAGUCCUUCUGCCGCUUCAUCCCAACGAAAAGGGGCGCUUUGCUCGCAUUCUCCUGACCGCCUCCUCUCUAAAGGCCAUCACACCCAGUCUCAUCACAGAACUCUUCUUCCGGACCGUGAUUGGACAAGCAGACCUUCUAGCACUAUUAGCUGAUAUGCUUUUCAGCAGGUAGCAAGGUGAUAACUAAAUAUAGUUUCUUUUCUUUUCUUUGAAGGGCAUUUAUUUUUCAAGAGCAAUGUCUCGAUUUUCUGAGACACGAGAAUGAGAACUGAGCACUGUUAUUUGGCUUGGUCAGAACAGCUUUACUUGAAAGUAUGAAUGUUGGAUGCUCAGACAAGAUGCAGUUUUUUGCAGUAAAAGAAAGUUGAAUUCACUUUACCCUUCCCUAACAAAUACACUACAGCACAUUUAGAAUUGUUUACAGUCACCAGACCAACAGGAAUUUUACAUGGAAAGUUACAGUUUUUAUUGUUUUGCAUUGUCCUGAUGUGGACAUUUUCACAUAAAGAUUUUAAAUCACAGUGCAACAUACAUUUUUGUGAAAAUAUUGGUAUGCCAACUUUGUAUGAACUGUAAAUAUGUUAGAUUCCUAAAAGUAUCCAAAGUGUUCUGGAAUAAACUAUAUAUUUUUUACUAUAA